AUGGCCAAAUAUUUUCAGCUGAUUCUGUUUUGUUUUGCGAUAAACUUGAUUUUUGCGCAGGUAAAUAUUUUGUUGAUAUUUUUUGAAAAUAAGUUUAUCAAUUAAAAUAGGAAUUAUAUUUUCAGUAUCAACCACAAUCAAAUAUUGAACAAUUUGGAAGACAACCACUUCGACAAUGUUCAAGUCAGUAUUUUUCUGGAAAAAAUUGAGACUCCAAACAGGCCAAAAUUAAAUUUAAAGAAAUGAAAAAUGAAAAAAAUUGGGUUCAGGAAGUUCUAUUGUACAGCAAAAACAGAAAAUGUUCAACGUUUCCAAAAAUUAGAAAAAUCGAAAAAUACAAGAAAAUAAAUAUAUAUAUAUUGUAUUUACAAAAAGAUUUUUCCUGAAAUAUUAUUUUUUUCGAAAAAUGAAAUGUUUUUCCAAAAUAUAGGAGUUUUCUCAUUUUCAUUUUUUCAGAAAAAAAAAUUAUUUUUGAGUUGAGGAAAAACUGCUAAUUUUUUGGAUCCUAAAUAUUUUCAGUCAUUUUUUUUGAAAAAAAAAAAUUCCUGUAAUAUGCAGCGAUUCUUAAAAUGCAUUUUUGCAGGACAAUGGGAAAGAGCGUGUCAAAAUGGCGAAUGUAUUGCUGGUUAUGAUUGGUGUGAUUCAAUUCCACAAUGCAGUGAUGGAUCGGACGAAUGGAAUUGUGAUAAUGUCAAUCGGUUCGGUUUUCGGGGGGUUUUUGAAGUGGAAUAGGUAUCAAGAAUGUCUGGAGUAGUAUCAUUUUUUUAAAUUUUGUUUUGAACCGAAAUGAAAAUCAUAAAAGUUGUUCGAUUCAGAUCUUUUCUAAAUUAGUAGAAGACUCAAAAUUUAAAUAGUAUUUUCAGUAUUGAGAUCUUUAUAUUUAAAUAAAUCUCUUUCAAAAAAUAUUCUCAUUUUCCCAAACGCCUACAAAAUUAUUUGUAUUUAUUUCCUUUUUAUUUCGUUUUUUAUCGAUUUUUAUAUUUCUUAUCAGCUGCUCAUUUCGAACCUAACAAUUUUUCUAACUAUCAUCAAUUCCAAAUCAAAUUCUAAACUAAACUUCAACUAGGUUCAAACAAAAAUGGUAGAUCAAGAUGAAACUAAUUUUCUGUCGAAAAUUGUGCAACAAGAAAUGACUGAUUUUCCAGAUUUAUUUGACAUCAAGUAAAACCCAAACUUUAAAAAUAUAAUUUCCAUCAAAAAAUCUUACAGAAAUGUGGCAGCGAAUGAGGGAAAUGCAAGAGAACCACCAAUUUCACCAACAACUGCAAAAUCGAUUGUUUCGACUACAGUAUCCAACUCUCUCAAAGGUUUGAUCUUAAAAUUUGAAGAGCUAACUUUAAUGCAAACACUUUUCCAGGUACUGUAACAAUUGAAUAUUCUCAUUUAAUUUUUGCAAUCGGCGCAUUUAUUGUUUUGUCAAUAAUGAUUAUAACUCUAAUAAAACGUCGUUCGCGAAAGAAGCCAUCUGGUUUUCGAAAUCGAAGAGGAAAUAUUCUUCAACAAGAUUCAGAUGAAGAUGACAUUUUGAUAAGCUCAAUGUAUUCAUGA